UUUGGUGUUUUGUGACUUAAGUCAUUCAGCACCCCCUGGCGAAGCAGGGGGCAAGUAGUUUACUUAAGUCUAAGAAACUUGUAAAUACCUCUUUAAUUAGCUUGUUUUUGUUUUUGUAAGUCGACAUUGGGAUGUGUAAUGUGGUAGUUUUAUUUUUUUUAACGCCAUGGAGGUGUGGAGUAGUUCAGAAAAAGUGCAAAAGGAAAAUGAAAAUUCUUACACGAUGAAUAACGAUUAUCUCGACGAUAGUUUCGAUUUCAGUUUUAAUAAUGUGUGCGAAAGACCGAUCGAAAAUUAUACGAAGAGCGAUGACGACCAGAAAGCGCAUAAUUCGACUUAUCUUGUUAAAUUGCAAGAAAACGAUGAGAAUUCUGGUUACAUCCACCAAUCGAUUUCUUUGGACGAAAUUUACAUGCAAAUCAACCCUGGAGCGUCGAAGAAAAUGCCCGAGAAGCCCUCCCAUGCCACCCUGACCAUCACCAGCACCGACCCUUCCACGAAAGAGACCACAGUCAACCGCUACCACUGCGAAUACGACGGCUGCACCAGGACUUACAGCACGGUAGGCAACCUGCGAACCCACAUGAAGACCCACAAAGGUGAAUACAGGUUUAAGUGCACAGAACCUAACUGUGGGAAAGCUUUUCUAACAUCGUACAGUCUAAAAAUCCACAUCCGAGUCCACACUAAAGUGAAGCCUUUCGAGUGCAAAUUUCCCGGUUGCGGGAAGGCUUUUAACACCUUGUACCGGUUAAGAGCCCACGAGCGCUUGCACAACGGGAAAACCUUUAACUGUGAGUCUGAGGGAUGCAUGAAGUUCUUUACCACACUAAGUGACUUAAAGAAACACACUCGUACUCAUACACGCGAGAAACCCUACAAAUGUAAGCAGGACGGGUGUGGGAAGGCGUUUACGGCCAGCCACCACCUGAAGACGCACCAGAGGAUACACAGCGGGGAAAGGCCCUACACUUGCAAGGAGUCGACGUGCACUAGGUCCUUUUCGACUCCUCACAGCUUAAAGUCGCACAUCAAGACCCACCAGAAGUCGCAGGGUAAGGCUGAUAGUCAGAAGCUCGUGGAGGAGGUGGACGGUGGAGACGGCUCAGACAUCAAAAAUGAGAUGGAGCUUUUGGAGAAGACCGGAGAUGCUCAGAUUAGCGUGCCUUUUGAUUUUGAGGGGAAUUAUAAUUAUGAGAAUUUUAAUGCUGCCUUAGGUGAUCCAUGGGACGUCGAAGGAAAGAAAACCGACGUCCCAGCCUCGAACUCUAAACAAGUACCUGACCCAAAACUAAGCCAAACCGAACCGAAUUUACAAGACGUCAAUUUCGACAACCUCUUCAAGAACACGUACAAUCUAGUCAAUAACAACUACGUAACCCAAAAUCCUAACAUCAACGACGUUAACCUAUCCUCACUAACUCUAGAUAACAAAGCUAAGUUUGCUGCCGUCAUCGAAACCGACUUAAGUUCCGAAUUCGAAAUGGCCAACGGCUUAAAGAACUACGCAACCGUAAACACAGCAGAACCCAUCCCCACGCAACUACCCUUCAACAUCGGCACCGAAAACAUAGAGAACGGAAAAUCGGGAGAAACCUUAAAUGAUACUCAAAUGGAACUGGAAGACAGUUCCAUCAUAACAGAGAUUGAAGACGCCGGAAUUAACCUGUACGAUCUAACUAGCCAGAACGCCAGCGUCAGCGGGUUCGACGUAGACAUGUUCGAUAAUGUCUUCAACGAAGACAAGAACAAGAAAGUCAAUAUCAUAAGUGUGAAGAAAAUUCCUCCUCCGGAGAACCCGUCGGUGAAUUUGGAUAAGCAAAUUUAUACUCCGGAAGCUUUGCAGAUGUCGCUGGCUUGCGACGAAGAGGUGCCUUCUAUGUGGGUCGACGUCAUGAACUACUACAAUUCAGGCCAAGCCAACGUGUUUGAACAAAAUUCCGCUUCUGACAAUCAAGUGAUCGCUGUUCCUACUGCCGUGCAAUCGUACCUUAACCUGCCACCUGCUCAAACUAACACAAAUGAUCAACUGGACAACACUUACAAUUUCAUUUUGCAAAAUCUGGGCGGCGCGGUUGAACAAACGACGAACACAGACAACAAUCUGUUGAAAAAUUUGACAGCCGACGCGGAUAUUUGCAAAUGUGUGGAUUGUAAGUGUGAUUCGGUUAACAACUGCCACGGUUGUGAAGGUCACGAUAGGGUUGACCGACAGUCGGUUGCUCAGGGCGAUUGUUGCUCGGGGAAGGGUGGGUGUUGUCAGGGUGGCAAUAAACCGGUGAAGAGUCUGGGCUGCGGGGACGACAAGAGCGAUUGCUGUGUUGUGGUUUGUUUAAAAACGUUGGACCAGUUGAGGCAGAUUUUAAAUAUGGCGAAUAGUUGUGGGGGGUUGCAGAAUUUGAUGUUGGGGUGUCUUAAGGCAGGGGAGUUUUGUGCCGUGCAAAAAUAGGGUGAGCUUUGCAAAGCAGCUUGACUAAAUUGCCAAAAUAACUUAGUAUUGUGAUCGUAACUUAGACAAAGUGCAAUUAAUAGCGUAGUGUACUAAUACUGUGUGUGAUUUACGAAGUGCCAAAAAUUCUUAAGCUGUGUAGAUAGUGCAAUUACUAUGUUGUGAUAUUUAUAAUUUUUUAACAAAGUAAUACUUUUUUAGCGUAACUUCGUCCACGACUUGGUGUGUGUAGUGUAGUCAUGAAAGGUUUAGCUCCCAAGAAAUUCUUACAACCAGCCGUCAAUCGUUGGUGUUUGAAGGUUGGUAACGAGGGUUUUUAUGGUGACUGGAGCUUUCGUGAAUACACCAUGGCAGCUAUGGGGAAGGUAGAGGCGUGUUUAGGUUACCCUAAACGUCUUUUCGUUUAUGUCUUCCACAAGCUGUAAAAGUAUUCCUAAAGCCUUUCGGUAUUUUUAAUUCUCAUACUUAUCUCUUGGUAAUUUUAUAAUUAACAUUUUUACUAAUUAUGAAAACGGUGAAAAUUACAUUCUAGUCAUUUCUUUAAACUCAAACGGUAAAAGUAGUGUGGUCGGAAGAAUAACCAAGUACCUAGCUUUAGUCCACUCUUGCCACACUAUUUUCACUGCUGGUAUACCUGUUGUUACUUACUUUAUUGUCCUGUUUGGUUUAUAAGGCUUAUGUACCUAUAAAAGUUGAAUACAUAUUCUUAAUAAAAUGUUAUUUGACA